CGAUCAUCGAAGUCAGUACGAUUCAUCGUCUGGGAGGCACAUCUGUGUAAAACUCGCAACUCUGAAAACAAGAUCUAACUAGGCCUAUGCGAAGUGACUGAGGGAGGAGGAGGGGGGAGGACAUCAGAGAGAGGGCAGAAGAGGAGGCAAACGAUGGCAGUUUUUUUUUUUUCUGUGUCUGAGGAGGCUGUCCCUAAAUUGUUGAGCACAUAAGAGGCUCCCUGUGUGCGACCCUCUCAGCAUUCAAGACCAGAGUGUGAGGGGAUCCAACUAUUCCUCCCAGCUCAGCAGAGCUCAACCUAGCACUUCGACUCUACUGUCCUGCCCAUCGGCCGCCCCCCUCGCUGACUGCCGGCCUGACUUUCUUCCCGGGGAACUUAACAGGAUCAGAAGAGGCUCCCAAGCGUUCAUCAAGUGGUGCAGCGGUCAGAGGUAGCCAGAGUCAUCAUGGCUGUGUCCCAGGAGAGGAGCGUAUGUUUGGGGCUAUGGGUGCUCCUUUUGCUCGGAGCGGGCAUGGAGGAAGUUGUGGAGGGAUGUAGCUGCCACCCAGCCCACCCGCAGCAGCUCUUCUGCAGCGCAGAGAUCGUGAUAAGGGCAAAGAUCUCCGGAGAGAAGAUUGUGUCGCCUAGCAACAGCUCCUCACCUUACAUGAAGAUGAUCCAGUACGAAAUCAAAAUGAUCAAGAUGUUCAAAGGUUUUGACAAGGCCAAGGAUAUCCAGUACGUGUACACUCCAGUCUUCUCCUCGCUGUGUGGAGUCAAGCUGGACUCCAACAAUAAAGCAGGGUAUCUGCUCUCAGGAAGCAUGUGGAGUGAUGGGAGGAUUUCUAUUGGCCAAUGCGACCUGGUUGAGUCUUGGGACAACUUAUCUCUAUCGCAGAAGAAGAACCUCAACUACAGAUACCAGAUGGGCUGUGAAUGCAGAAUCAACACCUGCUACACAGUGCCGUGUGCGUCAACAGGAGAAAAUGAGUGUUUGUGGACGGACUGGCUGCUGGAUAACAGUCUAAAUGGGGAGCAGGCUCGGCAGUACGCCUGUAUCCGCCGCUCCGACUCAUCCUGUAGCUGGUACCGGGGUGGACCUCCACCUGAGAAAGAGUUCUUGGACAUGUCUGACCCUUGACCUGUAAUUUUGAUGUUCAUUUUACUACAUCUGACGCAAGAAAAUAAAAAAAAAAAUAAAAAAUAAAAAAUAGAUCCCUGCCUUGGCUUGUGUAGUUGAGAUUUGGAGUGCGAAGCAUCAACCGAUUUCACUGGAAAACUGGCCACAUUUACAUUCAAAUUAGCUUAACCUGACGCUGAGCCUCUGUUGGCAGAGUUCAGGUGGUUGCUACAGCAAAGCUAGAAGAAUUUUUAUAAACUGCAGGGGCUUUCACCAUUCCUCUGACUCAUUUUCGCGCUCUCACACAUUCCACUUCACUUUCACAGAAUAAGAAUAGCAGCAGACCAUCCACUGCAAAUCAUUCACUUCAGAGCUAGUCUUUUGCCUGAUGGUAGAUGCAUACAAAUAUUGAAGACUCCAAAUUUGUCUAUGCAUACUCUAAGACAUAAAGCUAGGAUAUGUAACAGAGACAUAUAAAGAAGUUGUAUAAUUACAAUACAACAAAAAGAUGGAAAAUAAUUGAAGAAAGCUGCCAACUUCUGCCACAACCUUGCAUUGCUAAGUGUACUUUACAUGUGCACCAAUCUUCUAAAUUCACAUUCAUAUCACCGUAUAAAAAUAAAUGAAAACAUACUGUAGAUUCAGUGCUGUGUGAAAGUUCUAGGUACUGCGAGUAAAGUCCCAACAAUGUUGAGAUGAUAGCUCUAUGGUGGACUCCUUAUUCUUCUUGAGGCUGAGGAUACGUCUUCAUGACUCUUGACUAUGUUUGGGGUCAUGCUGCAUAAUGAAUAUUGGGCUGAUAAUUAAUGUAUCGUGUGAUUUAAACAUCUAAAGUGCCUAAAUUCUUUUCCCAGUACUGUACACAUAAAGAAAAGCAACAGCAGACAUUUUCCACUUGAUUAUACUUUGACUAAAUCUAAAUACAGGAAUUAUAUAUACUCACCAUAAUUCUUGUACAUCUAAAUCCAUCACAGUUUCAUCUCAAAUUUCUGAGACUGUAAAUAUUGUAUUUCAGUGGGAAUUAACACUUUAAAGUCUAACCAGAUCUUCUCUUCUAGUGUAGAGAUUCUUAUCUUGUGUGUUUAGUAUCUUUGGGUGAACUCUGUACUAUUUCCUGUGCCAAAAAUCUAAUCCAGCGCUUUAACAACAGCACUGCCGCCUGUAGAAGAGCAAGCCGCCUCUCCUUAGAGGACAUGACGUAACAGGACAUGGUUCAAUUCACUGUUAACUCCUAAAAAACUGGAAGCGCAUCCCAUCAGACAGGAUCGUACAAACUCUGGCACAAGACGUUAAUGAUGAGAAAUAACUGAUACUCUGAGCUCAAAUGAAUGAUUAAAGUGUUGAGUCAUAAAAUGACCCAGAUCUGAAUUGACCCCUGUCUUGCUACUGGAUUCCUUCACUGAAGUCAUACAGAAUAAAAUGCAUUACCACUUGCUAUUGACAUGCAGUACUUUUUAUUUUAGGAUUGUCUUUGAGUUACGUUCAAAAAUUAAAUAAAUUACAUUUAAUGCAACAGUCGGUCGGGCAUAUUAGAAAUAUGCUGCUAUUUACAGACAGUAAGACUGAUGACAGUAAUGCAUAUUGACUGUAUGGCUUUAGUGAAGUGUUAAACAAUUUUAUCUUUGUUUUAUAUUGAAAGAAGUGUUUGGGUUUGUAUUUAUGUCUCUGUUUCUGUCUGUUUUCUAUUUCCAUGUACCAAAAAAGAUUGUAUAUAAAGUGUCUCAGUGGAA